CACAAACAUCAAACAAACACAUCUGAGACUGAACCGCCGUACGCUAGGUUUCCUCGAUGCCCCUUUCAGACGGUCAUGAUCGUGACAACUACGUCAAAUAUCCAAUCCAUACUAUUCGAGCAAUGAAAAUCCAUCCAGUGAAGUGGCCACAACAAAUCAUUCCCCUCAUGAGCAUCCCCGGCGUUCUACCCGUCCUUCCUAUCAAGAAAACACCCAUAUCAGAUUUCCCCAACACCGUCAGUAUCUCCGGGAUCGACUAUUCCAUUGAAGCCAACCAUGCCCUUACUCCAACUCUUGGCAUGCUGCCCUUCUACCAUCUGAGAAACUUCAUUAUUGUCCUCGUGGAAUGGUGCCGUGGAGACAGGGAGGUUUGCUUGACUACAGGCAACGUCGAACUCCCGCUCCAAGUUGGAGAUUUUUGCCACUAUUUGAAAACCUUUCGGGUUAUUAUUUGUCGGCGAGCCGCGUAUAUGGCAUACAUGGAUGCUCCAUACCGCAGCCAACUUCGGGGACUGUUCCGAGCUCAAAAGGGAGAUACUGCCGUUGAAUUAUUUCGUCGAGUAGCCGCUGCUCAAAAUGAUGAUGCUCUCGAACCCUAUGACUUCGCCGUUCUUCUCGCGCUUGCGCAGGAUCAGAAAUUAGGAGGUGUUCAGCCUGAGAAAGGGAUUUAUACGACUAGGGUUUUCUACCCCAGCUCUGCUUGUGACGAGAUGAUCUUCAUUACUGCAAGAGUCCCAGAAGAAACCAUAAAUGCACUAGAAAACAACGAGUUUAAAUUGCGGAAAGUGGAGAUCUUCAAGUCGACCGCAUCGCUCGGGAACGCUGGUGACCUUGACGGAUGA